CAGACGACCUCAACUGUGAUACUGCGAUCGCCUGCGCAAACAUUACAAAGCGCCAGAGUCUACGCCACGGAGGCUGCCACCACCACCUCAACCUUUUGCCUACUUCUACUGCACCACCGCUCUAUUUGCACUCCUCAUUCUGACUCUAUAGCCAGCCAUGGCCCUCCCCAAGCGCAUUAUCAAGGAGACUGAGCGUCUCAUGAACGAGCCGGUGCAAGGCAUCUCUGCGACCCCUCACGACGACAACCUGCGUUAUUUCGAUGUGACCAUCGACGGGCCAUCACAGUCACCAUACGAGGGUAAGUUCGAGCGCGUUCCGCGGUUCUGCAUGGCGAACUCACAGAAUACAGGCGGUGUUUUCAAGCUCGAGCUCUUUCUGCCAGAUGACUACCCUAUGACUCCUCCCAAGGUUCGCUUCCUCACCAAGAUCUACCACCCCAACAUCGACAGGCUGGGUCGCAUUUGCCUCGACGUCCUCAAGAGCAACUGGUCUCCCGCGCUCCAGAUCAGGACUAUUCUGCUCUCGAUCCAAGCUCUUCUCGGCGCCCCGAACCCAGACGACCCUCUCGCGAACGACGUAGCUCAGGCGUGGAAGGAGAACCAGGCACAGGCAAUCGCCACGGCCAGAGAGUGGACGCAGCAGCAUGCAAAAGCUUGAGCACACCCCAUGUCUCUUGUGACUGUGCCUGCGAUAGCACGCGCAACGUUACGCCGUGCUUUACUGCAUGUUUUCUGGGCGCGAUCGAUUGUGUUCCCCACUCUGUGUAUAGACUUGCUUAUUUCCGCGGAACUGAAAGCCUGGCGCCGGUCGGACAACCUGAAUAGCAUAUACUGGCAGGACAAAGGGCAGCAUUGGGCCCUCCAGUCAAGAGCCUUGUCAGCCUGACGAAUGACAUGAAUGAUUCUCAAAUACCACA